AUGCGGACGGCCAGUGUGUGCAAUUUAACCGGCAGGAUUUCACUCCGCUCCCUUGUCUAUUUCCUCUUCUCAGGCUUUCUCUUGGCAGCGACACUGCUCCUCGGGACCAGAGCUGUCCCUCUCCCGGAUUCCUCCGGGGAAGAGGAACUUGUUGAUCCCUCGGACUUGCUUGCCAGAAGCCCCUCGCUGCCCGAUUGCGAGUCCCUGGCGUGGCUGCUGCACAGCCAAGCGGUCAAGCUGAAGGAUGAGAUGUGUGAGAAAUUUACUGUGUGUGACAACAGUAUGGAGAUGCUUGCCCAAAACAAUCUGAACCUCCCCAAGAUCACAGAGGAAGAUGGAUGUCUACUCUCUGGAUUCAAUGAGGAAAAAUGCUUGAGCGGAAUCUCCAGUGGACUUUUUACAUUUCAGACCUACCUGGAAUAUGUACAAGAAACAUUUAUUAGUGAAAAGCAAAAAGUGGAAUCCAUAUGUUAUGGUACAAAGCAUCUGGCAAAUACUGUGAGGCAGAUGGUGAAAAAUCCUGAUGCAGUGAUCAUGCCAGACCCAGCUACCCAGAGCACACUUUUUGCAAAACUGAAGUCAAAUAAAAAAUGGAUAGAGAAAAUCAGCACCCAUCUCAUCCUCCGGGACUUUACUUCAUUCAUGGAGAAAACUGUGAGGGCUGUUCGAUAUCUGAAAAACUCCAGGAAUCUCAGUGUUUGAAUGUUUUAAUUCAGGCACAUUCCUUCAUCACAAAAUCUGUCAUGUGGCAGAUGACAAUGUUGUUCUAUUUUAAGAACCAGAAGUAAUCAGAAUAGUUUAUAUUUUAUUAAGAUUUCCUUUUACAAAUGUAUUUAUUGUUUUUUUAAAUAUUUAUUUUUAAAAAAAUAUUGCUAUUUAUUUUCCCAGGAUUUAGAGAUAAUUUAAACGGUCUAGUUUAUUUCAAUAUUUACUACCACAACCAGUAUUUAUUACCACUGUUUACAAUACAAGCUGAUUUCAUUUAAUAUUCAGGAAAAAAAAUUCACUUGAGAUGGCUGUAUGUUGUAUGUAAAAUGAAAAGAGUAAUUUGUGCUUUGAAAAUGUGUGAGAGAGUAUUUAACAUCUAUUUAUAUUUAAAGAAAAAUAAAAGCAGAUUAAAAAACAGACUAGCUUGUAUGUAUUUAAAUAAAAGUAUGGAAUUCUGAUAUACCCAAUCUUCACCCCUAGAAUUAUUUAUAUUCUACAUUGCCUUCAUUCAACAGCCAUUCUGGAAUAUUAUUAUUUUUUUGGGUAACUAGAUCAAAGUUUCUAAAAACAGCUACAUAAAGAGUCAAUUAUUAAAAAGAAUGAUAAAAAUCAACCUAACAGGAGCAAACUCUAAUUCAGUGGUUCUCAAUCUCUGACCCGCGGGCCGCUUGCGGGCCAAUCAGCACACACCUGCAGCCCAUGUGACAUCUUCAGGGCCAUACAGAUAGUAUAUAUAUUCUGUAGAUGUGGCAAACAUAACACAUUCUGCAUAUGUGGCCCACAAUGCUAAUUAGGUUGAGAACCACUACUGUCAUCCCACAUUGUUAGACUAAAGGUGAAAACCAUUAACAAAAACACCUAUGGCAACUUGCCUCAAAUGAUCCACAUGCAGAUAUUAGAAAAAUAUAUCCCCCUGCCAGCAAACAAUCUACAGCAGCACAUAUAAAGGAAACAGGAGUCUUGAUCCUUGCCCUAAUGGAGGACAAACACAGUCCAGGGUAACAGAUCUGAUUGCUAGAGGGAUCUAUGCCACUGAAAAAAUAUUUAAUGAAGGCUCUGUAUGCUGUACCAUAUAUAAAAAAGGGAUCCAUUUGAUGUACAAAUCAUUUAUUUGCCAUUUGUACUGUCCAGUGUAAAGUAGGUAAUUUGGAGAGCGAAUGUGAGAUGCUUUCCUUCCAGGUUCAGCUUUACGUGCAAUUUCAAGGUGACCAGCAAUAAGCCUGCAACAGAUGUCCCAUGUUUUCUUUCCUGCCUGAAGCCAGAAGGGACUUCCUAUGCAUGAAGUGCAAUUUGGUGGCUGCACUGGAAGAAAAGAUUCUUGGAUUGGAAGGUCAAGUGGAAGCGCUAUGGAGAAUCAGAGAAGCUGAGGAGUUCCUAGACAGCCAGGUUUGAGAAACACCAGUACCCCAGGUUCAAGGACGGCCACCAAAAAGUCAGAGAGAGAGAGAGAGAGAGAGAAGAGGCUUGGCAAUGUAUAACCACCAGAGGCAAGAGGUCACGGCAGCAUUCUACAUGACUGGAAACAGACAAGGAUGGGCAGGCUGUGGUCACCAGAGAAAAGAGAGCCAAGAGGAAUUCCACAGAGCUAGAAAUUUCCAAUCAAUGCCAGGUUCUCAGUAUGGAAACUGUGGAAGCUCUCUAUCAAAAUCCAACUGGCCUGAGAGACUGGAGAGAUGUUUGGGUCACUCCUGUGGAUAGCAGCUCAGCCCAAACUGUAAGAAAAUCAAGCAAGCACAAAAAGAGAUCUCCAACUGCCCCAGGAGACAGAUGAUCCUUGGUGGGCAUUUAGUACUCAGAAGAAUCAAAAUCAUAUUCUGCAAAGACAGGCAGACAAUGGGACAGUAUUCUGUCUUCCUGGAGCCAAGACAUGAGAUGUCAGUCUUGACUGGAUAAGCUUCUGAAGUCAAUGGACAAGGAUCCAAUGAGGAGAGUUCAUAGUGGUGCUAAUGAUGCUGUGUCAUGGGAUAGCUCACAGAUAAGAGAGAACUUCAGGGAACUCAGAAGCAUGCUAAAGGAGAAUAUCCAAGCAAUCUUCUCAGAGAUCCUUCCUGUUCCACAAGCAAAGGAACACAGAAGUUUCUGAAAGUGAACUGCUGGCUAGGUAAGUGGAAGAACGUGGAAGAUUUGGGUUCUGUAUAACAUUGGUCCAUCUUCUAUGAGGAGAGGGAGCUGUACAGUUUGGAGGGCAUCCAUCUCACUGAAGGAGAACCAACCUCCUCAGGGGAAGGCUGGCUAGUAUAUUCAGGAGGAAUAAUAAUAAAAGGGAAGAGUAAAAAGGGGAAAACAUGAGCACUCAUUUAGCACAAAAUCAAGAUGUUAAGAAAACAAAAUUAAUCAAAGGACAAAAAAAGAAGAAAUUCUUUAAUUGCCUAUACACCAAUGCUAGGGAACCUAGUUAACAAUCAAGAGGAGUUGGCAUUGCUUUAUGAGCACAUAUUUGAUCCAGUUGAUUUUACUGAAACCUGGUGGGAUGAUUCACAUGGUUGGACUAUUAAAAUCAAUGGUUAUAACCUAGUUAUGAAGGAUCAACUGGACAAAAUGUCAAAAAUGGCAUUACCUCUUUCUGAGUCGCUGACAACUCGGAAGAAAAUGAUCUUGAAUGCUUACAGAUCAAUGCCCUAACAGAAAGUACAAGAUGGGGUAUUAGUUAGUGUCUGUUACAGACCACCAAAUCACACUUGGUUCUUAAAGGGCUCUAGUCCCCUAUCUAUAAUGUUUAGGAAAACAAGCUAUGUAAUCAUAAGUGACUUUGAUUUGAGUAACAGUGCUGGAAGUUUCAUACUCCCACUCCUAAAACAUCCUCAGAAUUUCUUACUAUAGACAACAAUUUCCUAACUCAAAAAGCAUUGCAUCCCACAUAGGGAAAUUCUAAUUUAGAUCUCAUCUUGAGAAAUAAAGAGAAACUGAUCACAGAAUGAAAAAUCAAUGGUGGAUUAAGUACAAGUGAUCAUGACUUGAUCACAUUUACAAUGCACAAACAGAAUAAAGUCCAAAGCAGUAAUGUAUGUACUUGGUGCUUUAAAAUGACCAAUUUCACAAAACUGAAAAUAAUUAUGAGCCAAAUCAGCUGGAUGGAAGAAAUUAAUCAGAAAAAUGUGAAUGAUUGGGAAUUGUUUGAGAAUACUUUACUAGAUGGCCAGAAAGCCACUAUCCUACAAUUGAGAAAGAAAGCUGUGCUGGUUA